AAGGAAGUGACACACCAAAAGCUCCACAAUGGGUAUCAGCUUCUUAGAUGAGGAAAGAAACACUUUCUCUCCUGCCGACUAUGUGAUGUUUGCUCUUUUGUUGGUGGUAUCAGCAUCCAUUGGGAUCUUCUAUGCCAUCAAAGACCGUAAGAAGACAAACACAAAAGACUUUCUCUUGGCAGGAGGCAACAUGAACCCAAUUCCUGUGGCCCUUUCACUCGUUGCGAGCUUCAUGUCGGCCAUCACUUUAUUGGGGACUCCUUCCGAGAUGUACAGCUAUACAACCAUGUAUUGGUACAUUGCAAUCAGCUAUUUUUUCGUCUGUGGAGCCGCUGCACAUUUGUUCACACCAGCUUUUUAUCGGUUGCGUGUGACAAGUGUAUAUGAGUAUCUUGAGCUGAGAUUCAGUAAAGGUGUUCGGACAGCAGGGUCUAUAACCUUCAGUGUUCAAAUGCUGCUCUACAUGGCAAUUGUACUUUAUGCUCCAUCAUUAGCACUAAAUGCAGUAACUGGAUUUGAUCUCUGGUGGUCUGUGGUUGCUGUGGGACUCGUAUGUACAUUCUACACAACUUUGGGUGGAAUGAAGGCUGUGUUAUGGACAGAUGCAUUCCAGGUGGUCAUGAUGAUGAUCGGGUUACUUGCAACUCUCAUUGAAGGAUCCAUCCGAGCUGGAGGCUUUGCAAGUGCAUGGAAGAGCGCUGAAGCGACUGGAAGAGUUGUUUUUAACGACUUUGAUCCGGACCCUAAAGUUAGGCAUUCGUUUUGGUCAUUGACAAUUGGAGGAUUCUUCACAUGGGUUGCCGUUUAUGGAGUAAACCAAGCACAAGUCCAGCGUGCCUGCACAUGUAAAACACUGAGAGGUGCUCAGCUAGCAAUGUGGCUCAAUUUCCCUGGAUUAACCAUCAUCCUCAUGAUUUGUUGUUUGAUUGGAAUGGUCUUGUAUGAUUUUUACAAAACAUGUGAUCCCAAAUCACUUAUGCUCAUAACUCAAGGUGAUCAGCUGCUUCCCUUAUUUGUAAUGGAUAUUCUCGGUCAGAUGCAAGGGCUGCCUGGCUUGUUUGUAUCCUGUUUGUUUAGCGGUGCCUUAAGUACGAUUUCAUCUGGAUUAAAUUCACUUUCUACUGUAAUCCUUCAAGAUGUCAUAAAGGCUUAUAUUAUGAAGGAUUUACCAGAAAAAAAAGCAACUAUCAUUUCCAAAAUUCUAGUUGUUGUUCUUGGACUUGUAUGCCUUGCUUUGGCCUAUGUUGCUUCUCUUCUUGGUAGUGUGCUACAGGCAGCAUUAUCACUAUUUGGUAUCAUUGGAGGACCACUGCUUGGGAUAUUUGUCUUAGGCCUGUUUUUCCCUUGGGCAAACAAAUGGGGUGCAUUCAGUGGUUUAUUUACUGCUCUCGGCAUCAUGAUGUGGAUUGGAAUUGGCGCACAGAUAGAAAAGUAUCCAAAUCCUACUUCUUCGAUUGAUACAUCUGGUUGCAAUUGGAACUUGACCACAGCAACACCCGCAAGCACAAACAUAACAGCAGAAGUAAAAACAUGGGGUCCACUUAUAGACCUAUACAGAUUGUCCUAUCUGUGGUUCAGUGCUGAGGCUGUUCUUAUAGCAGUUGGUGUUGGACUCAUCAUAAGUUUUAUUACAGGUGCUUCAAAACCAGCGAAAAUUGAUCCAAGACUUAUUGUUCCAAUCUUUGAUAUCCUUUUCCCCUGUCUACCUGAAAAAAUACGCAAACCUUUGAGAUUUGGAGUAAAUCAUAAAAAUAAAUGGAAUGAGGAUAACAAGAAGCAUGAAAAAGAAAAUGAAAAAUCCAACGCAGCAGAUAAUCCAGCAUUUUCACCAGAUGAUACGGAUGUGGAAAAUUACAAUGUGAAACCACCACAUGGUUUAAAAAAAAUAUAUCCAAUGGAACAAUUAGAUCCAAAGAACCUUAAUGACGAUGGUGUGGAAAUAACCCAUAUCUAACAACUAUGUUUUGGAUUUCACAAUAUUACAUCCAUUACCGUUUCCCUCCUGUAUCCAUAAUAGCCUCAAUUAUGUAAUAAGUAAUUUCCAUAAUACAUGCAUCAUAUAUUUAAACUAACCUUUUUUUUAAAAAAAACCCCAGAAAAUAAUAUAAAAAUCUAUUGUGUUCUUACGAUACUAUUCUAUUUUGUAUUUUCCUCUUUAUUUUCUCAUAUAUCACCUUGUUUAAAGGUAACCAUAUAUUUUGCUCUACAACCCAAUGAUAAAAUCAAGUUUCAGUAACCAUAGUUAAUUUUUAUUCCAUACUCAACUCAGAAAAUAUUCUAGUAUAAUUGUCAAAGAAUCACACAAAAUAUCCCUUUGUUAUACAGGGUGUCCAUAAAGUCUCUUUACAAUUAAAAAAUUUUAUUACAAAGGCAGUUGACAAGAUAUCUUAACCAGAUUUGUUUUAUUGUAAUAAUUGUUUAUUAAAGUUUUUUUAACUGCUAUUUAUUAGACCCUCAAUAUGGGCAUCAUUAGUUGCGUGAAGCACUUCAAGAUGGUACUCGAUUUCUUGCCAUGUUUGCUGUAGGAUAGCCUCACCAACGGUGGCAAUGGCAAUACGAAUCCUUUGCUUCAAGUCAGCAAUGUCCCGUAUCUUUGUUUGAUACAUGAUAUCUUUUACAUAACCCCAUAAAAAGAAGUCCAAGGGAGUGAUAUCUAGUGAACGCGGUGACCAUGGAAUUGGUCUGGAAAUGUCUGAUUGAGGAACUGAUGAACAUGCCGUCCCCAAUGUGGUGGUGCACCAUCUUGCUGGAAAAUGAUGGUUGGUUGUAAAUCAAUCAGUUGUGGUGCCACAUAUUCGGUCAGAAGGUUGAGGUAAACAUCUGCAGUAUUUGUUGACUCAUUAAAGAAAAAUGGACCAAUUAUUCGAUUGCACAUGAUUCCACACCACACAUUCACUUUUGGACUAUCCCGUUGAAGCUCCCUAAUCACAUGGGGGUGUUCUGAUCCCCAGAUUCUUACAUUGUGUCUGUUUAAUUUCCCUGAAACAUGAAAAGUCACCUCGUCACUAAAACAAACUUGCUUGAGGAAUGCCUCAUCCUCAUUUUAUAGGGGUUCAGUGAAUCAUUUCCCUUCCAUCAACAGAGUAUCUGAAACACAAACGUUUGAUAUCAAUAAAAACUUUAAUAAACAAUUUUUAAAAUAAAACAAAUCUGGUUAAAAUAUCUCAUCAACUGCCUUUGUAAUAAUUUUUUUAAAUUGUAAAGAGACUUUAUGGACAGCCUGUAUAACAUUCUGAUUUCAGUUGCCAUCAGUGUCAACUUUGCCUUUCGUUGAACUGGAGUUGGUAAAAUAAAUACCAGUCAUACACUAUUAGUGACUUUAUAUUUUAUUUGCUCUGCUCCUCUUCUAUACUUUGUGUGCCUGUGCCAGAGUUAAAAACCAUUCGUUUUUAGUUCUCACUAAUCAAUUCUCAUUAAUUAGUUUUCAUUUAAUUUUGUGAGACGGCAGGUUCAUUGGCACUUCAGACAAAACGCUUCAUGAUUUUCCUUCCUGCCCUUUAUGCGAUGAUUUUAAAUGCCACUUAAAUCGAUUUUGCUUUUCAUCCUUUCGGGGUCGAUAAAUUAAGUACCAGUGAAACAUUGGGGACAAUGUAAUCUACUAGCCCCCUCCCCUGAAAGUUUCAGGUCUUGUGCCUUCAGUAGAAAGGAUUAUUAUUAUAAUCAUUGUUGUUGUUGUUGUUAUUAUUAAGGUUGUUAACAUGCCAAGCAAAAUGCUUUACAGCAUUUCAUUCGUGUUUACAUUCUGAUUUCCGUUUCUGCUGAGGUUGACUUUGCAUUUCAUCCUUUCAGGGUUGACAAAAUAAGUACCAGUUGAAUACUGAGGUAGAUUUGAUCGACCUAGCCCCACCCAACAAACAUGCUGACUUUGUAACCAAAAUUUGAAACCAUUAUUAUUGGUUUUUGGCUUUUCCCGAUUGAUUUGUAUUUCAUUUCAUCUUCCGACCAGGUCUCAACCAGAGAUCUAAAGCAUGUAUGUAUUAGAUGGAGAAAAAACUUCCCGAGAAUGUAGGUAGAUGGUGUCAACACAAUUUUUGAGUUGCAUAGAUUGUUGAUAUCUCAGGGAUUUUGUCACUCACAGUUUUUUUAGAGGGAUAUCUCAUUUUUGUGUGUUGUCUAAAUUUUUGCAUAGGAAUAUCUCAUCUCAUCUCCAUGUGCUGUUUACAUUUUUAUGUACACACCUUGCUGUUACAACAUGCCUGGCAGCAACUGUGUUUCAAAUACAAGGGAUCUAGUUCAGCUUCCUGAAAUGACUUACGUUGAAAAGCAAUUUUUUUUUGUUACUUUUUGUGGUUUCUUAAAUCCUGUCCGGUGACAAUCUCAGAUUUAACCCUUCCUUGUGUCAAAUUUACUGAUAUUUGUCCAUGAUGUUCAUUACUCACUGUGAAACUCCUGUUUGUUAUUCACUGCCAAAGAUAGCAAGCCAGAAGAGUUAUUAGCUCACUGGACGAAAUACUCUCUGGCAUUAGCUAUUAGCUUUGCUUUCUGAGAUCAACUUCUGCCAAGGUGGACUUAGUGUUUCAUACCCUUUCAGGGCAAUGAAAUAAAUACCAAUCAAGCACUGAGGUUGAUGUAAUUGGCCAGCUCCCUCCUCCCCAGUUCCAGGCCAUAUGCCUACAGUAGAAAAAUAAAUUAACAAGUUUCAUUCAUAAAAUAUUUCAAUUAAUUAAAAAGGAAAUUGCUGAUUAAUGAAUUUCAAUAAUAUUUGUAAAUUCCAUCAUAAACAUGGUGCUAUGACUGUGAUGAAGAGACUUCAUUCUCAAGGGGCACAGUCUAUUUUAUUAGCAAGUAGCUACCAUUAUGUUGGUAGAGUUCAUUGCCAUUUUUACUACAUCAUGACAAUAUAAUUAAUGAUUGAUUAAUUAUUCAUCGAAUUACAGUUUUGAUUUGUUUUUGUUUUUGUCUUUGCUUCUUUUUUUUCUUUUUCGCAUAAACUUUUUGAGAAAGUAUAGAGAAAAAGUACACCUAAAUUUUCUGUGUUAAAAUAUUUUGUAGAUAUAUUCUGUAGCUCUAACAUUAUCAGAAGUCAUCACUAAAUAAUUGUGGUUUGUUCUCAAGAAAGGAAAAA